AUGGCAUCGGAUGAUUUCGAGGAUGAAGCUGAGGCAACUGUGACGAUCAAUGAGGUUAUCGAAAGCAUGGAUGCGGAAGAGCUGGAAGCUGACUUGGUGUUGGGUGGAGACGAGGGAGAUGAGUGUACUUACCCAAAGGGAUACAUGAAAAGACAGGCUAUUUUCUCUUGCCUUACAUGUACCCCAGAAGGGAAUGCUGGAGUCUGCACUGCCUGUUGCUUAACUUGUCAUGAUGGUCAUGAGCUUGUGGAGCUCUGGACUAAGAGAAAUUUCCGAUGUGAUUGUGGGAACUCCAAGUUUGGAACUUUAGCCUGCUGUAAGCUUCUCCCGGGCAAAGAUGUAGAGAACCCUGAGAAUUCUUACAACCAUAACUUCAAAGGCUUGUACUGCUCUUGCAACCAACCUUACCCUAACCCAAAUGGUGUGGAACACGGGCCGAUGAUACAAUGUUGUAUCUGUGAGGACUGGUUUCACAAGGAGCAUCUCGCUCCCAAACCUUCAGACUGUGUUAGUAGCCAAGUUUGUGACACUACCGAGUUAAACCAAACCCCCACCGCUUCUGAGCCUGUACAGCCUGAGAACAGUACUGAAGCUGAAAAAACUGUUGUAAGAGUAUGCUCUAAAAAGCUCGCCAAACCUGAACCCUAUCCUCUGUCUGAGUGUGCUAUUGCGACAGGUCUAACCUUGUCUCCAGAGUUUGAGAAGAAACCGCUGUUUUUAACCAAUAACUGGAGGAACAUACUAUGCAAAUGCGACAAGUGCCUUGAGAUGUACAGCGAGAGAAAGGUUAGCUAUUUACUUGAUGCAGAGGACACGAUUGCUGAAUACGAGAAUAAGGCUAAGGAGAAAAGAACAGAAAAACUGGAGACACAGGAAGGCGAAGCACUUGCUCAUUUGAAUAGUCUCGACAAUGUAUCUAAAAUUGACUUCUUUCACCACAUCAAAGACUUCGAAGAAGGGUUCCGGAGUUUAGCGGUAUCUUGGUUUUAA